AUGCUCAAAAGCCGCUUCGCAGACAAGUACGUGACUGGCCACGACACGCCCCCUCCCCCCCCAGUUCGAGCUACAGCCCAGUCACGUAUUGCUUUGGAUACUGUUGAAAGGGAUUGCAGCGCAGCUGACAUGCUGCUUGCUCCGGGGAAAACGUCAAACGUUGGUGAGGAUGAGAAGUCUCCGAUAAGGUUGUACGGACUUGCAACACAGCUGCCAAACACCAAGCUAUCCAACGGCCUUCAGCACGACGCAAUCCUCCCAAUGCUGGCCCCGCUGAGCACCCUGAUGUCUUUCGAUGCACAUGGGGUGCCCUUGUGGCCCCAGACGGGGCGCCGGGCUGGUCUUGUCUACAGGACAAGGUGCAGGUUGGGACACUGCAACCACAGUUCUGAAGUACGACCAGCUACAUGCGCAGGGCUGCUUGAGGGUGAUGCUGGCCCCAACAUGUCACCAACGCCUUGUCUUGCAGCGGGGUGCGAGAGCCGGGACUCGCUCUUGAGGCGAGGAGCAGGUUCGGUUCGCCCUCUAGCAGUUUCUGCACUAUGGUACGGCUCCACGACACGGCUGGGCACAGACUUUCUGAUGAGCGAUAUGACACAGUCCUUCACGGCCUUUACUGGCUGA